AUGAGAUACUUUAAGGUGCUAGGGAACGAUUCUCUUUCAAUUAUCGUUUGGCCGCCAAGACGCGGGUUAAUUGACUCCGUCGUAAUUACUCCGAAACACGCUGCCUUGCAAAAAUUAACUGAGGCUGAAGAUGUCAAUUCUAUCGCGAUACACGAUGUCUCCAGUGAAGUUUUCAAGGUGUUGAUCGAUUACAUGUAUUGUGCGUCAAUCAAAUUGAACGACAAAAUGGCUUCAGAAAUUUUUGAAAUUUUGCUUGGCGCUGAAAAACUUAAAAUUGAGAUGGUCAUCGAUGGCUUGCAAUGUUACCUUGUUGAACACUGCGAAGAAUACUUGAGUCGAAAUUUCUCAUUGAUUUACCGCGCCAGUUUUGAACGCGGAAGCCUUCGGUGCCUUCAAGAAUACUGUACUCGGGUCAUCAGUGAUAGUCCCGAGGUGAUCUUCUCUGCAUCUGAUUUCACCUCAAUUCCCAUGGAUCUAUUGACCGAGAUAGUUGGUCGAGAUGACCUCCAAAUGGAUGAAGUAGACGUUUGGAAUAGCGUGCUCAAGUGGGGACUUGCUCAAUCUCCGAUAUUGACAAAUAAUCCUGAGUCAUGGAGCUUGGAUGAAAUUAAAUUCUUGAACACUGCGCUUCAAGACCUUUUCGAGUUGAUUAGAUUCGUCCAACUUUCUUCGAGGCAAUUUAAAACCAAAGUCAUACCUUACAAGAAUAUCCUUCCAUCGAAUAUUUAUGAGGAACUGAUGGGCUAUUUCAUACCACCUAGAGUUAGGCCGACUUCCAUUAUCAUUCUAGCACCGAGGCGUGGAUUAAUUGACUCGAAAAUUAUCACCACCAAACAUGCGAUUUUCAUUACCAGUUGGAUUGAUCAGAAGGAUAAAAAAGAAAUUUUCUUUCAACCUUACGAUGAUAACCCUUAUGUCUUUGAAUUAUUAUUUCGUGGAAGCCGUGAUGGUUUCUCUCCAUCUGUCUUCCACGAAAUUUGCGAUAACAAGGCGCAUACAGUUUGGUAUUUAUUAUUCCUCGAAUCUAUAUUAAAGGUGAUUAAUAUGUCUCACGUUUUCUUUUACGCGAUUAAAAGUGUGAUGAGGGUUACUGGUACAAAUGAGAUUUUAGGCGGAUACAAUCCAGUCGUAUGGCAACGUUUGAAUUGUAAAUGGGGAGAAUCAACCAACAGUUUCAUCUUCUCUUUCCCGAGCAACGAUUUCGUCGAUACAAUCCUUAGUCGAGUAUCAAUUCGCAAGAAAGCAAUUAAUUUGGAAUCGAGCUAUGGUCCAUCAUGGGGGUAUGACUUGAUGAUGGUGGGUCCAAAUUUGAAGAAGAGAUGUUCUUGUAACCAGGACCAUUUAAGAAUGAUGUAUGAGAAGCCGAUUCGGGAAAAAAAAGGCGAAUUUGAGAUUGAUGAUUAUGAAGUUUUCCUGAUUGAAAGGAAAGAUGGCAAACCUUUAUCACAAUGA